GGCCUGUCCCAUCUCCACGCCAACCGAGUCAUUCACCGGGACAUCAAGGGUCAGAAUGUCCUCCUUACGGACAACGCAGAUGUCAAGUUGGUUGACUUCGGCGUUAGUGCCCAAUUAGACCGAACCAUUGGAAAGAGGAAUACCUUCAUUGGGACCCCGUACUGGAUGGCUCCAGAGGUGAUAAAUUGCGAGCAGGACGCAAGCUGCACCUAUGACGCGCGAUCUGACAUCUGGUCCUUGGGUAUCACGGCUCUGGAGAUGGCGGAGGGUCGUCCACCUCUCUGUGAGAUGCACCCAAUGCGUGCUCUCUUCCUCAUCAUGCGCAACCAACCGCCCCGCCUCAAGACAGGUCUUGGUGCACGUCAGUGGUCUCCUCGUUUCCACGAUUUCAUCUUCAAAAGCCUCGCCAAGGACUUUCGCAAGAGGCCCACUACUACCGAGCUGUUGAAGCACGAUUUUGUCGCCAACCUACCCAAUGAGCGACAAGUGCGCAUCCACCUCAAGGACUACAUCGAUCGACACAAGCGUACGCGAAGAAGUACGUUUAUUCUUGACUUCGUUUCCAUUCCUCUAAUAAGCACUUACGAAUAG